AGAAGAAAGAAAAGAAGAUGGGCCGUCUUUUAUCGUUCCCAAUUCUACUCAUAGUAGUCACCAUUUUCCUUCAAAUUUCAAAUUCCAUGAGUUCUUCAUUAAUUCACAAGACCUGUAAGUCUACAAUUGACAAAAAAUUCUGUAUCGACACCCUGGAUUCUGAUCCUCGAACUGCAAACGCAGAUCUUGUUAGCCUUGCUAACAUCUCUCUCGAUCUAACAUUGCGCAAUGCUACGGACACACGUGAAUACAUUUCUCACUUGUUGGAAAAUGCCACCGAUCCUGUUAUGAAGAAAUGGCUUAACGGUUGCCUUAAAUCUUACGGCGGUGCGCUUGCUGGGAUUAGAGAUGCAUCAAGGGACAUUGCUUCUAAGGAUUAUGAGAGUAUGGUUCACAGUAUUCAGAUUGGUGGUUCUCAACCUCUAAUAUGCGAACAAUCGUUCGGAGAGAAGGGUCAUAAAUCCCCGUUGAAUCACAGAAAUAACGACGUGAAUCGUCUUUCUAACAUCGUUGGGGCCAUUGCAUCUAUCCUUAUGCCGCCGGAUCGGGAUGAUUGAUUUCCUUCGCUCAAAGUUG